AUGUCGGCGUACGACGACAGCAACGUUGCCGACUGGCUGCUGGCGUUCAAGAUCCAGAACGGCUUCCUGGAGGAGGUGAAGAACAACGGUAUGCGGGAGACUCGCUCAGACCCAGGCGAUAUGUUCUACCCCGAACCUUCGCUUCACGGCCACACCGCGGGGCAGACGGUCUAUUGGGCCACCAGGGACGCCGCCUACGGCAUGAAAGGCACCGUCGUCCGUGGGAGCAGCCGCUUCAACGAGGCUUCGUUGUUGGUAUCGUUCAAGGGCGAGAACUACCACGUCAAGCUGGACGCCUUGUCCACGCGCCGCCAAGUGAGAGGCCCCUUUCGGGGGGGUCGGGCGGCCGGCUCGCCAGUCGCGGAGGCCAGCGAUGGCGGGGAAGUUUCCUGGCCGCGGCUCCACGGCUACGCCGUCGGGACAACUGUAUUCUGGAACGUCAAGAAGCGCCAGCUGCUUGGGCCCCGGAAAGGUGAUUCCAUGCACGGCAUGAAGGGCGUAGUCGUCGGCGAGAGCGACGAGUUCACGGAACCGUCCCUGCUCGUGGCGUUCAAAGGCAGGGACUUCCACGUCAAAGUAAACGCCAUAUCCAGAAGGCGCCCAAAGAAAAGCCCCCGUGCGACGUCACCCUUCGAAGUUGCCGACGCCAGCAAUACUGCAACCGCUGACUGGUACGAGGAGAGCGACGACGCCUCGCCGCAGGUUGUCGGCGUCGGUGACGCACCCAGUGCUGCUCAAAGAGGGCGACGUGCGGCGGCGGGCACUGGGCUGCCUCACAUCACGAUCGGCACGCGGCUGCUCUUCGUGGCACUGCUCGACGCUGUAUGUGGGCCCAUUAGCAUGCGCAAGGCGCCGUUCGCAAAUGUGUGUCUCAAAAAGAGCUUACGAAACCUUGGAUACAAAGUUGCGAUUGAUGAGGACCUGCCCUACUAUGCUCUGCGCGACGGCAACCGCUUCCUCGAGCCGCUCGGGAAGGCAUUAAAGUACGUCCAAGAUCCCCGCCCCGAUGCGCUCCCAAUGAAGUACGUGGUGCACGUACGCGGCUAUCAUUUCAUAGCUGUGAAAACGUUCGAGGAUGGGUAUGAUGUUAUCGACGACAAGGAGUUGCUCCAGUUUGACGAGAAAAUUGGCGCCCUCGUUGAAGCAUUGGGACCUGAUGCGACCUGGUAUGCCGUCACCGACGCCUCCGAGGUUUCCGAAGGCACAGACGAGUCGGAGCCACAUCCACGGGAUUCGGGGGGGAGUUCUCGUUGCUCCAGCGACGCGGGCCUGUGGCCCAACGGUGCCGCGAGUGCUUCUGAUCGCACGGAAGAAUCGGUAACGGAAGGGAUGAUGUUCGAUCAGCAGGCGUUUGGCGCUUAUUUGCGGCGUCUCGACGACGAGGGCGAUGCGUCCGACGCUGACCAGAGUUCGUCUGCUCCGGAUGACGCUGACUCAGAGUCCACCGACGCCCCAGUGCGUUCCGAUGGCACAGAGAGGUCGGAUGCCGAUUCACUGGGCGACCCGCAUCGGGGGGAGCCGCAACUGCGGCAUCCGCGGCCCGUCCGUUGCGGCGAUCUGGAAGACGUCGACAGAUGGGGCGGCAUGGACUCAGGGGAAUUGUAUCCCGACGACGCCAAGCGACGCAUUCUGGAAAAAUGGGAGCCUGCGAAGUACAGGCGCCUUCAGGGAUUACCAGGGCCAGCAUUGCAGGCGGAAGUCGAGCCCGACGGGGGCGACGUGAGAGAAGCAGCGAAGAGAAUCGUCGCCAAAACAGACGAACUGCUACAAGCAUGGGACCCCCAGCCCGCUGGCGCCGAAUAUUACUGCAUGAGACUUCUGACUAUGUGCGCCGCGGAGACAUCGCAUUGGAACGCGAACAACGACCUCCUCGUCGCCCGCAUCGCCGCCCUGAUCUUGGCCGACGUCGUCGCCCACACGGACGGCGUGAACAUUUGCAAGCAGGGCUCGUUCGGUCGGUCCGAGGAGAUCCCGACGACUCAUAUGUACAGAGUCGAAUCGGUCCUUUCAAUGACACAAAUGAUGCUCGUAAAACUCAUGAAGGCAAACGCCUUGCGCAACGUUGAUACCGUGUUCCAGUUUUUAGAGAGCGACGUGGGGACUUGGGCGUCUGGGGACCCCGUAUGCUCUAUCGAUUUACAAGGCAAGAAAGAUGGCGUGGCUGCGUGGGCGCACGACGCGUGCAAGGGGCUCAGAGACAUCGUCGGCCGAUUUACAGGCAAGAUGCAGUCUGAGAGGCUCGUUGAGCUGCUCGGUUCCUGGACCCACGUGCCCAAGCCAGAGGCGCCGUUCGUUUCGGUUGCUUUUGAGGAUUGCGCCAUCAAGAUCGACGACGGCGCCUCGAGCGCUGCCGAGAGGAUCGUCCAGAUUCCGAAGAAGAGAGAAAACCUAUGCUACUUCGGCAUCCCAAUGCAGAUUGUCCCCGCCCCGCCGCAAAGCGUCGUUGAACGGCUAGCGCUCUUCCUGGCAACUUCUUUUGCGGGCGGCGAGGCAGGCCGCGAGAUGGAUCUCGCCAUGGAGGCGCUUGCGUGGAUGGGGCUCCCAACUCCUCCUGUCAUGGUCACGCUGACGGGAAACGGGGGCAAUUCGAAGUCGGCGAGAACAGCGUUGCGGAACAGCGUGUUCGGCGGGCAUCACGCCGUCUUGGCAGCUGACGUCUUCCAGGAACCGCGGGAGUUCAGGCAGCAGGGCGGGCAGUUCGCGUUCGCCAAGUGUCUCGCCGUCCAAGAAUGCGCGGCUGGCAUUGCUUUAUUAGAAGAGGUCUGGAACAAGUUCGCAUCCGGGGAAUUUAUGGCGCGCAGGCCUCUGUUCGGCGAAACCACGCAAUACUAUAGAUGGUUGACGUGCGCCAAGUUCUGGGAGACGAACAGACAAUUCCCACGUAUUAACGGCGAUUAUAAAAGAUUUCAUGAGCUACGCUCCAUUUGGCGGCGUUUGAGGGUCGUGCUAUUGAAAUCUGCAUUCACUAGCAACCCUGGCUCGAUCGACGUCGACGAGGCUGUGUUUCGUGAAGAUGCAGACUUGAUGGCGUUUUUGGAGGGCGACCAGACCCGCCUCGCUUACAUCAAGUUCUUCCUGUGGCCGUUCAUUCAGAAAUACACUGCCAGCCGAUGCCGCCAGGUGCUCUUGGACCCAGAUCAGUCGAUUGUCGAAGAAACCCGAAGGGUCGUCGCUCAGAUGGCAAACGGCGGCCUCGAGGUACCAGCUGAGUUCAUCACAGAGGCCGAAGACAGGGCGCAACUUGAUGCAGCCAGAGGGAUCGUCGAAGCUGAUCAUAGAGAUGCAGCGGGCAAGGCGACGCUGAAGCUGUACCAAGUCAACGCGACGUGCAAGUCCGUGCCUGGCGCGUACAGACCUGGGACCAAGGGAAAAGCGACCCGACUUGACAAUCUCAUGGGCGCCAUCGAUCGGUGGCCUCACCUGAUAGAUGUAAACGAAGACACGAAGGAGCUACGGUUCCUGAAUAUCAAUUACGCGAAGUUCUCCGAGAUCAUGGGCAAGUACGACGACGGCGUGUUCGGGGGGGGCUUUCCGAAUUGGCAAUCUGUGUGGGCGUGCAAGAGCAGAUUCCCGCCGCUGGCGUCCGUCGAGCCAGAGCCAGCAGAUAACAGAGUUGUGGCGGGGGAAUCAGUUUGUGUCAUCGAAGUGGAUGGAUGGAUCAACGCGUCCCGCCUCGAGGAAGCCGCGGGCGCGGGGGCCGUGUCAACCAAGGUCGCGCAGGUCAAGCAGCUUCUCGAGGCCCACCGCCUUCGCGGCAGCAGGCGCGGCGAUUGGGGGGUGCCCAAGGUCGCCUACCACCGCAAGCAUGGAAUACCUGGCAGGUGGUACGCGGCAGGCCCUGCCAUGCAAUCUUUUUUGAGCAGAGGCGCCAAGAGCAUCGCCAUGACCACGGAGAUCGGGGCUUCGGCGGGCGGCGACAUGAUAUUCGUUGACGUAGAUAUAAAUAACUGCUUUUGCACCAUUCUCGUCAACCUCCUGAGAGAAGCCGUUGCCGACAUGGAGGAUUUCCGGAUACUCGUUAGUUUCAGCGAGAACUACAAACAGUGGCGGGCGUUCAUGAUGGAAUACUUCGACAUGCCCCCGAAGGCUGCCAAAAAAAGCUUAAUUCGGUUGGUUCACUUGGGGAAGCCAUCGCACGACAUUCCUUUCUUGUGGAACUUGUCAGUGCAAAUCCACGCAGCCGUGGACAUCGUUCUGGGCAUGGACCGUUUUGGGUACUUGGCGUCCCACUUCUCGGAGAGGCCGAAUCCCCGUGGGUCUCGCAUCCACUUUGCUUUGGCCGCGGUGGAAGAAGACAUCAUGAACGACUUGCACCUCGAGAACGUGGGUUCCAAGCACGGCGUGUCGUUCUCGACCGACAAGUUCGACAGGCUCGGCGGCGCGCCCAUUGCUUUCUCUGCAGACCUGAUAGGCAGAUUGAAAGAAUAA